GCUGAAUUUUGGUCAAACUCACCUAACUCUGAAGAAGACCAUGAUACGCUUAAAAACCUAUAUAAAAAUGGGUUUUUAAAUACUUCUUCACAAUCUUUGUCAACUGCUAAAUCAUUCUGGAACUGUUUUCGUAAUAGUUACGAUGCAAAUUUUAGAGGAAUUGAUGGUAAAAUAUGUAUACUGUCAAUAAUUGCAGAAAAAGUUACAUAUCAGGAAUUAAUGGAUAAAUUAGAA